AUGAAACUUGCUUUUUGUAAAUUUGUAUGUAACAAAUAAAUUGGUGAUGAAGGUGCAUCAAGCUUAGGUUCUGCUUUAGCAAAUUGCAUUAAUCUCUCAGAUUUGACACUUUACCUUAGUAACAAUUAAAUUGGUGAUGAAGGUGCAUCAGGCUUAGGUUCUGCUUUAGCAAAUUGCAUUAAUCUCUCAGAUUUGACACUUUACCUUUAUCAAAAUUAAAUUGGUGCAAUUGGUGCAUCAGGCUUAGGUUCUGCUUUAGCAAAUUGCAUUAAUCUCUCAAAUUUGGCACUUCACCUUGGUGAUAAUUAAAUUGGUGCAAUUGGUGCAUCAGACUUAGGUUCUGCUUUAGCAAAUUGCAUUAAUCUCUCAAAUUUGACACUUGACCUUUGGUCUAAUUAAAUUAGUGAUGAAGGUGCAUCAGGCUUAGGUUCUGCUUUAGCAAAUUGCAUUAAUCUCUCAGAUUUGACACUUUACCUUUAGUCUAAUUAAAUUAGUGAUGAAGGUGCAUCAGGCUUAGGUUCUGCUUUAGCAAAUUGCAUUAAUCUCUCAAAUUUGACACUUUAUUUUGGUUUUAGCCCAAUGAAUGAAUCAUAAAAGUUCAAAGUAUUAAGCAAGUUUCUUAAAUCAAAAAGAUUAGUUGUCUUUUAUUUCUAAUGA